AUGGAAAAUAUUGUUAUUACAAAUACGAGUGGUGGUGGUGGUGGUGGUGUACCAUCAUCAUCAACUGAUCCUCCUAAUAAUACAACAACCACUACUGCAACAGCAUCAGCAAUUGAUUUAAAUAUGUCACUUUCACCAUUUUUAUCAUCACCAUCAUUAUCAUCACCAUCUAUUCAAUCAGCUAAAAAGAAAACUAUUGAAGAUUUUAUAAUUGGUAAAGUUUUAGGAGAAGGAUCUUAUGGUGCAGUGGUUUUAGGCACAGAAAAAGAAACACAACAACAAUACGCAAUAAAGAUAUUAGAAAAGAAACAAAUCAUUAAAGAAAAUAAAAUAAAAUAUGUACAAAUUGAAAAAGAAAUCUUUUGUAAAUCAAAUCACCCAAAUAUUGUAAAAUUAUUUUUUACUUUUAGAUCUGAACAAUGUUUAUAUUAUGUUUUAGAAUUAUGUUCACAAGGUGAUUUAUUACAUCAAAUUAAAAAAGUUGGAUCAUUUGAUUAUAGAUCAUGUCAAUAUUAUGUAGCGGAAAUUAUAAGUGGAUUAGAGCAUUUACAUUCAUUAGGUAUUGUUCAUAGAGAUUUAAAACCUGAAAAUAUUUUAAUGUCUAGUGAUUUACAUGUUAAAAUUACUGAUUUUGGUACUGGUAAAAUUUUACCACCACCACAAUCAUCACAACAGCAACAACAACAGCAGCAACAACAACAACAAUUACCAACAAAUAGUUCUGGUAAUUUAAGUAGUUUAUUAAAUAAUGUAAAUAAUUUAUCAGUUAGUACUGAUUUAACACAACAACAACAAAAUAGAACAAGUAGUGUGGAUAGUGCAAGUACCACAGACUCAAUGAUAUCACCAAAUUUACAACCAACAACAACAACAACAAAUAAUAAUAAUAAUAAUAAUAAUAAUAAUAAUAAUAAUAAUAAUAAUACAGCGGCAGGUUCAAAUACAAAUACAAAUACAAAUACAAAUAUAAAUACAAAUAUAAAUGCAAAUAUAAAUAAUAUAAAAACAACAGAAAUACCAAAAUUAACAAGAAAUAAUUCAUUUGUUGGUACAGCAGAAUAUGUAUCACCAGAAUUAAUUAGUAAUAAAGAGACAUCAACUGAUUCAGAUUUAUGGGCAUUAGGGUGUAUUAUAUAUCAAAUGGCAAGUGGAAGAGUGCCAUUUCGUGGUAAAACUGAAUUUUUAACAUUUCAAAAAGUAUCGAAUAGAGAAUUGGUUUAUCCAAUCAAUAUGAAUCCAGUGAUUAAAGAUUUAGUUGAAAAACUAUUAGUAAUUAAACCAACUGAUCGUUUAGGUUCAAGUUCAACACCUGGUGGUUUUGAUAACCUAAAAGCACAUCCAUUCUUUCAAGAUUUCAAUUGGUCCUCUUUAUCAAAUAUGUCUCACCCACCACCACCAAUUCAACCACCUCAAGAAAAAAUCAUUUUCGAUGGUGAUGAAUUAUUUUCACCAUCUUUAGAUUGUACAACACCAAGAAAUAAUAAUGUUGAUGAAAAUCAUCAACAAAAUUCAUGUAAUAAUAAUAAUAAUAAUAAUAAUAAUAUAAAUAAUAUAAAUAAUAAUAAUAAUAGUAGUAGCAAUAAUAUUAGUAAUAGUAAUAGUAAUAGUAAUAGUAGUAAUAACCUUAAUAUUAGUAAUGGAAAUUUAUCAACACCAAGAUCAUCGUCAUCGUCAUCAUCUCAACAACCAACUCAACGUAGUGGUAGUAGUGGCGGUAGUAGAGAUGGUGGUAGUAGUAGUAAUAAUAUUAGUAAAUGGUUAAAUAAUGGUGAAAAUGUCAUUUAUCAAGGUUUAGUUUGGAAACGUAAAGGUUUCUCUAUAAAAAAGAGACAAUUAAUUUUAACUGAUACACCAAGAUUAAUUUAUAUAGAUCCAAAGAAAAUGGAACUUAAAGGCGAAAUUCCAUGGUCCGAUUCAAUAAAACCAAAAUUAAAAUCAAACAAUAAUUUCGUUAUUAAAACUCCAAAAAGAAAAUAUCUUUUAGAAGAUGUUGCUCAUAAUCCUCAAAAAUGGGUUGACUCGAUUAAAAGUGUAAUAUUAUCAUCUGGUUCUUCAAAUUAA